AUGUCUGAAACAAUUAAAACCGUCAGUAUCCCAAACAUUGCGUGGGACACCGCUGCCAACAUCCACUUCCCACCCAACUUUGACGAGAAGAAGAAGUACCCAGCUAUCGUGUCGGCCCACCCUAUCGGCUCAUGCAAAGAGCAGACCUCGGGCAAUGUCUAUGGCAAGGCAGUGGCUGAAGUAGGCUUCGUGGUUGUCGCGUUUGACGCAUCUUUCCAGGGCGCCUCGGGUGGAGAGCCCCGGUACGUUGAGAAUCCCGAGUUUCGAGUCUCCGACUUUCGCUACGUGGUCGACUACAUCCAAACGCUCCCGUACGUCGACCCCGAGCGUAUUGGGGUGCUUGGCAUUUGCGGUGGCGGCGGCUACGCUUUCAACGCCGCCAUGACCGACUACCGCCUUAAGUGCUGCGUUGGCAUCACGCCCGUUAACUUUGGCCGUCUCAGUCGGGAAGGCUUCGGCAACUUCGACCCAGCCGGUUCACUCGAGAAAAUGGCCAAACAGCGCACCCUCGAGGCCCAGGGUGCCGAUCGCUUUGUUAUGAACUACCUCCCUUCGACAGUCGCCGAGGCCAAGAAAAUGACCACGGACCCCGAUGUAGUCCAGGCGACUGACUACUACAAGACCGACCGCGGGAAGGCGCCAUGUGGUGCGACUAGCGGCCUUUUCUCAUUCAAUAGCGCCGCCCUCGCAUGGGAUGCUUUCAACCAUGCAGAAGUUCUCAUGACCCGGCCUUUCAUCGCUGUUGUUGGCGACAUCCCUGGUAGCUUCGGCGCCUACCGUGAUGCCCACGAGAUCCAUGGCCGUGCCGGUUCCAAAGAGAAGUCUAUAGUCGUAGUCCCCGGCGUAUCGCACUAUAUGCUUUACGACGAGCCUAAGGCCGUCAAGAGCGCUCUCGAUCAAGUCCUGCCAUUCCUUAAGAAUCAUCUCGGCGUUGCUAAAUAA